UCCAUUUUCACAGCUUUAAAGCAGUUACUCCCUUUCUGGGACAUGAGUAAUUAAUUGUUAAUGGUACUAGAAAACUGCUGGUUCAAUUUUAAUCAUCACCUGUUGCUGUUCAGCAUUUUGUCCUUCCUUCAGAAAAAACCAUGAGCUGGGGAUUCCUGCGAGACAUCCUAAGUGGAGUGAAUAAAUAUUCAACAGGAAUUGGCAGGAUCUGGUUGGCUAUUGUGUUUAUAUUCCGCUUGCUUGUCUAUGUUGUGGCAGCAGAAAAUGUCUGGAAGAAUGAACUGAAGGAAUUCGAGUGCAACAUCAGGCAACCGGGUUGUGAAAAUGUCUGCUUCGACCACUUCUUCCCUAUUUCCCAGAUCAGGCUUUGGGCCUUGCAACUGAUCAUGGUCUCCACCCCUUCUCUUUUGGUUGUUCUCCAUGUUGCCUAUCGAGAGAGCAGGGAAAAGCGACACAAAAAGAAACUUUACAAGAGCCCAGGAAGCAUGAAUGGUGGACUGUUGUGCACUUAUCUCAUCAGCCUCAUUUUCAAAACAGGAUUUGAAAUUGGUUUCCUAGUUUUGUUUUACAAGUUGUACGGUGGAUUCAAUGUGCCACGCCUUGUGAAAUGUGACAUGAGGCCAUGUCCUAAUACAGUAGAUUGCUAUAUCUCCAAGCCCACAGAGAAGAAAGUCUUCCUCUAUUUUGUGGUGGUGACUUCGUGCUUGUGCAUUGUAUUAAAUGUAAGUGAACUGAGCUAUCUGAUUUUCAAAUACAGCAUAAAAUGUUGCCUUGAGAUAUAUGACAAGAAAGUUCAGACCAUGAAAAGUGAGUGCCAGAAGCUGAAAUACGUUGAGCCCGAUGGAAUAGCAAGUACAGCUCUGUUCCACAGCAAUGCUUCACCAGUGCUCGUCCAUAUGCCAGAUAAACCUGAAAGUAACUUACCUACUGAUUUGAGAGAAGGAUAAAAAUGAUAUUGCAUGAUGUUAAAUAAACUGUCUGAAUUAUUCCUCUUACAUGAGUUCAAAGAAAUCCAUCAGUGGAUGAGGAAACUUUAUUUUUAUCUAGAAAAUAGCAUAUUCUCUUUUUCUCUUAAAGAAUUGUCAGAUCCCUGCUAUUGGGUUUUUGCCUUCCCAUUCACCUGUAUUACGUAUUAUUCAGGUUUGUUCAGGCUAAAUCAAGGCAAUGUAAAAGGUUGACAUUUCCACUGAGACAUAAAUACUAAAGCUUCUGAUAAGUCAUCUUGAAAGGACAGUUGCUCAAACAAUUGUAUUUUGCAUAUUUUAUGUGGCUGCUUUUGGUUCAGUUGUUUUUCCUUUCUUUUGAAGAGGAUCUUUAUGUCUAUCUUAAAGACUCUAUUCUAACCAGAGCCAGAGGAGUGAAAAGGGGAUAUAAAGCUGUAUGGAUUAGGUCACUCUGCCAAUUCGAAUCCAGGCCAGGACAACAGGAGUGACUGAAAAGGGUUGGCAACUUAUGGCUGCUAACUGUCCUAUAUGACAGGUUUCAGAGUGGUAGCCAUUAGUCUGUAGCAGCAAAAAAAAAAAAACAAAAAAAAAACCGAGUACUUGUGGCACCUUGGAGACUAACACGUCUUUGGGCAUAAGCUUUUGUGGGCUAAAACCCAUACAUUGGAUGCAUGCAGUGGAAAAUACAAUAGGAAGACACACACACACACACAGAGAACAUGAAAAAAAAAAAUAUCUUCCUACUGUAUUUCCCACCCGAUGCAUGCAGUGAAGUGGGUUUUAGCCCACAAAAGCUUAUGCCCAAAGAAAUUUGUUAGUCUCUAAGUGCCACAAGUACUCCUUGUUUUUUUUGUCCUGUGUGAAUGAUGGGCUGAGCCUAGGUCUGUUUAUAUACUAAUUGUACUAUUUUACAACAACAACAACUAAACACACCUGCUGGCAGACUGAUACCAAGGACUGACCUAGGUAGCUGUCUAUUUUAGCAACUUAAACCGCACUUAUUGCUGUAGUAAUUGAGCACCUCACCAUGUUUAAUGCAUUUAUGAUUUAUAAUGUAUUUAUACCCUGUGAGGGUAUUAUUGCCAUUUUUAUAGGCAGCAGAAACAGACAUAGGGAUACUAAAUGGCUUACCCAAGAUCACACAGGAGCCUGCAGCACAGUAUUGAUCCCAGGCUUCCCGUGUCCCAGACUAUCUCCGUAACCACUGGACCUUCCUUCCUCUCUACAGCUCUAGAAAUUGAAUAACUUUGUCAUCUAUCAAAGUCCUGCUUCUCAGGUUUGGGUUGAGGCACACUAGCUGGGCACCAGGGGCGGUGGUGAGAGGGUUUUGAUCUCUGCGACUGCCUGGAGUCCGGCCCCUUUUGCUAACAGUAAAUUCAGUCCCAUUAAGAACCUGAUCCUUGUGUAGAAUUCUCACAGACGCCAAUGGACGUUCUGAGCCCAGAGAGCUUAGAGGACUGGGCCUCAAUAUUUUAAAAGGUAUUUUAGUUUCAAGUGGAAGCAAAGUCAGGAAGAAUGUUCAUAAAUGAAAACUCCAAGUUCUUUUUCAAAAUUUCAGAAUGUGCUUCAGAAUUAUGGUCUUUUAAAAUUAAGAUUAUAUAGUUAAACUAGAGGGGAGAUUAUUAUUGCACGAAGCCUAUUAUUUGCCUGCUAACAGGUAGAAAGCGAGAGAAAUUAGGACAGGAAGAAAUUCAUUCUCUAUUGAAAUCAAUGGGAAAAGAUGACAAUCAGUUUUUCCAACUUUAAUUUCUAUGGUAAGCAUUUAUGGUUUUGCCUAGGUUCAACUGUUCCAAUUUCUGAUUUAUUUCAAUCGUCAUUGAAUUCAAGAGAUUUAACACAGUAUAUAUACACUUUACUGCAGUAAGAUAACUACUCCUGAUUUACUAAGCCUUCCUUGCUAUAACAGAUUAAAAUGUAAAUUAUUCUAAGCAAUAUUCGACGGUAGAUAUCAAACUGCAUGUUUUAAGAAGUGGAUGCAUGUGUCCAUCCAUCUGUCCAACCUGCUAGGGAUUAGAACUGGUUGAAAUUGUUUGAAAAAUUUUCCCACUGAAAAAUGUAUUUGCGCUGAAAAAGAAAUUUUCCAUGGGAAAAUGUGGAUUUUAACAAAAGUUUCAGCUGGAAAAUUUAUAGUAAAAAUAUUUGUUUUGAAUUGGCUUUUGAAAUAAACAUUGAUUUCAAUGUAAAAUGUUUGUGUUUUCCAGCUUGGGAUCCCCCAAGCAUUCCCAUGUUAAGGCACUUACAUUAGGAAAACCAUUCAUGACAACUCUAUUCUCUUCUACAAAGGAAAAGACUGUUCCCUAAAAAAGGAAGGUAGCCUCUGGCGAUACUCUGUAAAAGAGAAUAUAGUGGACCUUGCCUGUGUUAUCACUGGCUAACACAGACUAUGGUUUAUGUCCCUCCGAUUAAAAAAAAAUAUCCGGGGG